AUGGAGCGAGAUUUCAUCAAUUUAGUUCGUAAAUGUCAUGAAUGUCAAGUACACGGGGACUCGAUAUGUUCCCCUCUAUCCGAGUUGCAUACAGUGACUGCUCCAUGGCCUUUUGUAUCUUGGGGAAUGGACGUAAUUGGACCAAUUAAACCAAAAGCUUUGAGUGGACAUAGGUUCAUUUUAGUAGCCAUUGAUUAUUUCACGAAGUGGGUGGAAGAAGCGACUUUCAAGUCAGUGACCAAGAAGGUGAUGGUUGAUUUUAUUCAUUCCAACAUCAUUUUUCAGUUCGGCAUUCCAAAGAUAAUUGUUAUGAAUAAUGCUGCAAAUCUCAAUAGCCAUCUGAUGCAAGAAGUGUGCCAGCAAUUUAAGAUUAUGCAUCGGAAUUCAAGUCCUUAUCGUCCAAAAGCGAAUAGAGCUGUAGAAGCUGCCAAUAAGAACUUAAAGAAAAUACUCCGUUAUCGCACUACGGUUCGAACUUCAAUUAGUACAACUCCUUACUUGUUAGUGUACGAAACUGAAGCAGUUAUACCUGCAGAUAUUGAAAUUCCAUCUCUUCGAGUAGUUAUAGAAGCUAAAAUUGGUGAUGACCAAUGGGCCAAGACUCGUUUGGAGCAAUUAGGCUUGAUUGAUGAAAAAAUAUUAACAUCAGUGUAUCAUGGACAACUAUACCAGAAGAGAAUGGCAUGA